AUGGCUACAGACGCAACUGUAUCAUUUCGUCAAGUAGGAAGAGAAGUGACAGGGAAAGUUUAUAAAGGGACAAUUGUUGAUGCAUUUAAUAGACUUACUCAGCCUUCAAUUCCUACUAAAAGUGAGCAGGUUCUUACACAAAUGAACAAAAAAGGAGGAUUUGGAGCUUCAGCUGACAGAUUUAUGGCGAAAUCUUAUUUUGGACCAGGCCCCGGGCAAUAUGCAGGGCCAGAAGAAGACCCAAACCCUUCAAUGAGCAAAAAAGGAUAUGGAGGGCUAAUUAAUCGAGCUCCAAGAUUUAAAAAAUUUCAAUAUAAUACUGCAGUUCCAGGUCCAGGCUCAUAUGAGCAAAAGCAAAGAGACAUAAAAACCGUUAGCUCAGUUUUUGUUGAAGGAAGAUCAAAAUCUUUAGCAUCUAAAUUCGAUCCACCAGCACCUGGCCAAUACAACCCAAAAAUUCUUGAAACAAGAAGAGUCGGAAUGACAUCAACAUUUAAAAGUAAAACAAGAAGGCUAGAGCCAAGCACCGCUUCUGAUGCACCGCCACCGUGGCAGUACAAUAUUGACACUACAAUGAUAAGAAGCGCCUCAGCUAAAAAUACAGCUGCGUUUAAGCAGCCAGUUCAGGCUAGAAGGUACCAAAUAAAUUUAUAUGACCCGCAUUCUGACAUUCUGGGUGAUGAUAAUCCUGGGCCUGGGGAAUAUAAUGUAGUAAAUACAAGUCUAUCGAAUGUGAAGCCUUCUCCUAUGUUUAUUGUGGGGGAAGUUGAUAGAUUUGGUAGACCAAUUAGACCAAAGAAAAAAAAUGAAGUCACGCCUGGACCAGGAACUUAUACAAUGGCAAGAGGUGAUGAAAAAGUGCCGGUUAGUGGAGCAGUUUUUAUGAGUGAAAGUGAAAGAACUUGAUUUUUAGCAGAAAAGAAACCACCUGGACCAGCUUUUUAUAAGCCAAUGCCAGUACCAAAGAAGAAGUCAUUUCAUUUAAAUUCGAAUAAGAUGUGGGUAUAA